AUGCACGUAGUCGAAAUAAAUGAACGGCCGGAGAAGGAUGUCAGUAGGGGAGGGCCUGCAGAGGAGCUGGUACCAAUAAAUCUUUCCGAAGCUGACACCUCCAAACAACUACUAGUAGGAGCAUCUCUAUCACCCGAAGGUCGGGAAGAACUCACAAAAUUAUUAAGGAGGAAUGUUGAUCUGUUUGCAUGGUCACCAGUUGAUAUGCCCGGCAUUGACAGAGGGAUGAUCGAGCAUCGCCUAAGCCUCGAUCCAACACAUCAACCAGUAAAGCAAAAGAGAAGAACCUUCACACCAGACAGAGAAGCAACUGUUGAGGAAGAAGUAGAGAAGCUCCUAAAGGCCAGAUUCAUUAGAGAGAUAUGGUACUCUGAUUGGUUAGCAAACGUGGUGAUGGUGAGGAAUUCGAGUGGUAAAUGGCGCAUGGUUAUGCCCGUUGGCCUCAAGAAUGCUGGGGCAACAUACCAGAGGCUAGUCAACCGAAUUUGCAAACCCAUGAUCAGAAGAAACAUGGAGGUAUACAUGGAUGACAUGCUAGUAAAAAGCAAGAGAGCACCCGACCAUGUGACCGACCUGGAGGAAGCAUUUAACAUUCUGAGAAGAUACAACAUGAAGCUCAACCCAAUCAAAUGCGUGUUUGGGGUAACCAUAGGUAAAAUUUUGGGUUUUCUAGUCUCGAGCAAAGGUAUAGAGGCCAACCCUGACAAGAUACAUGCAAUCCUAGAAAUGACAUCACCAAAAACAAUGAAAGAGGUACAAAAACUGACAGGAAGAUUAGCUGCCUUGGUCGUUUUAUUUCCAAUGUAG